AGGACACGUUCACUUCUCAAGGAACCUCCCGAGCACCCAAGUCACCAGCGCCUCCCCCUACGUGGUUUGCUUUCAAGCGAUGGAAGGUAACAAAGACGAAGCCAUCAAAUGCCUUUCCAUCGCACAAAAAUACAAAGAUGCUGGCAACCUUCCUUCCGCACGCAAAUUUUGCCAAAAAUCUAUAAACCUGUUUUCUACACCUGAGGCUGCAAAGCUACUUGAGUCUAUCGAGGUCGCGGAGGCAUCUGGAUCGUCUUCUUCGUCAGCUGGGGCAGGUCCUUCGAUGUCAAAUGGGAAUGCGCAAGCUACUUCGUCAUCUACAGAGACACACCCAUCCGCUUCUGGCGCUAAGCAUCGGAAUACCGGCAGUGCUAAUGGUACUGCCGGAGGGAUGGGAGGGGAGAAACGGGAAUUUACUGCUGAGCAGUUGAAAGUUGUUAAACGAGUGAAGGCGUGCAAGGUUACGGAGUACUAUGAGAUUUUGUCCGUCAAGAAGGACUGCGAGGAGGCUGAGAUAAAGAAGGCAUACAGAAAGCUUGCCCUUGCGCUACAUCCUGACAAGAACGGCGCUCCUGGAGCAGAUGAGGCAUUCAAGUUGGUCUCAAAAGCCUUCCAAGUGCUUUCAGAUCCCCAGAAGCGAGCAGCGUACGACCAAUCCGGGUCAGACCCAGAAUCGCGAUUUGGUGGCAUGUCCUCGCGCGGGCCUGGCUUCUCCGCAAGCCCAUUCGGUGGAGGCUUCGAAGGCGAGAUGAGUCCAGAGGAUCUCUUCAACAUGUUCUUUGGAGGAGGUGGCAUGGCGAUGAACGGUGGAUUUGGAGGUAGUCCUUUCGGCGGUCCAGUAUUCUCAGCCUCAUUUGGCCCAGGAGGCUUUCGGACGACACGUAUGCGUACGAAUACGGGAGGUCCACAAGCACAGCAGCAGGGUGAAGGGGCGCAGGGUCGCUCGCUGCUUAUGCAGCUCCUACCCCUCAUAUUGCUUAUUGCGUUCUCGUUCCUGAGUGCAAUUCCGGACAUGUUCUCUACGUCGAUACCCGACCCGCGGUAUUCAUUUUCACCGUCAUCACGUUACAAUGUUGAAAGGCAAACGACUGGAUUGGGCAUAAAAUAUCACGUCAAUGGACCCGAGUUCAACAAUCAUCGGCAGAUUGCGGCAGACCUUGCUGGGGGUACCCACCGACGUGGAUCGGCUCUGUCACGAUUUGAAGGGCAAGUAGAACACGUUUACACCAGUAACCUCUAUGGUGACUGUCAGCGUGGAGUUGAGAGGCGGCAACAGAGGAGAGACGCAGAAGUUGGUCUAUUUGGUGUUGGUACAGACUGGGAGAAAGUGAAGGCAAUCGAGGCGGAGAAAAUAGAGAGCUGUGAAGAGCUGAAGCGGCUGGGCGUCUUAAAGUCGUGAAAACUGCUUCGGCGUCUUGGAUAACCUUGGACUCAUGCAUUCCGAUGGCUUUAUCAGUUCAACUUGGAUUGUCCAUCGUAUCCCCCGCCAACGCGGUCUACCUAUGAUUUAUUUAUACCAUAAUGUGGUCUUCGCCUUCUCUAUACUAGCGUUGCAAGUAGUCCAUAUCACUGCUAACCGGCGACCGCUAGAUUUAAAGUUAUAUCAGAAUGCUUGUGAUG